AUUUAUAUUAUUAGGCAUAUAUGCUCUCUUCCACCUUCCAACUCCCAACAAUAUCAUCCUCUCCUCUCCUCUCUCACUACCCCCUUAAAACUUAAAUCUACACAUCUCUUCAACCUCACCUUCUCUUCAAUUCAACCAUGAACUCUAAUUUUCAUAAACUCCUCCUCAUUCUCCUUGUUUUCUCCACUGCCACCGCGUCUGCAAGAAAAAUGGCUUCAACGAAAGCAGAAGAAGUGGAUCAACAAAUCAAGGGCGAAGAAUCGAAUUCAAAUGUUGCAAGUGUUGAUUCUUUUGAUUUGAUGGGGAUGGAGGAAUGUGGAAAUGGAGAGACAGAGUGUUUGAUGAGAAGGGCUGUAUCGGAGGCCCGUUUGGAUUAUAUCUACACUGAGAAGAAGGGCAACUAGUGCGUUUCAAUUUCAAAAAUGUGUGUAAUUGUGUUAUUGGAAGUGGUGCUACAUCUAGUAUUUAGUUUCAUUUUCUAGUGCCAUGUUAUGGAAUAUGUAUCAUCAAAUUAUUCAAUCAUAAAUAAAUUUAGUACUUAGUAGUACUAUGUGUUUACAUA